GCAGGCGCAGUCUCCAUGCUGCGUGCCGCGUCCCGAGCUGUGGGCCGAGCUGCUCUGCGCUGUGCGCGUCGCUCCGGGCCUUCCGUGGCGCGUCCUCUCGCCAUGUCCCGACCUCCUCCGCCCGGCGCCACCUCGGGCGCCCCUCUCCGGCCCGCCACGAUUCUGGGCACUAUGGAGAUGGGGCGCCGCAUGGAUGCGAGCGCCAGCGCCGCGACGGUACGCGCCUUUAUGGAUCGCGGCCAUAGAGAACUGGACACGGCCUUCAUGUACUGCGACGGACAGUCCGAGAGCAUCCUGGGCAGCCUGGGGCUUGGGCUGGGCAGCAGCGACUGCACAGUGAAAAUUGCCACCAAGGCCAACCCUUGGGAUGGGAAGUCGCUGAAGCCUGACAGUGUCCGGUCCCAGCUGGAGACGUCCCUGAAGCGGCUGCAGUGUCCCCGGGUGGACCUCUUCUACCUACACGCUCCUGACCACAACACCCCCAUAGAGGAGACGCUUCGUGCCUGCCACCAGCUGCAGCAGGAGGGCAAGUUUGUGGAGCUUGGCUUGUCCAACUAUGCCUCCUGGGAGGUGGCUGAGAUCUGUACCCUCUGUAAGAGCAACGGCUGGAUCAUGCCAACUGUGUACCAGGGCAUGUACAACGCCACCACCCGGCAGGUGGAGAAGGAGCUCUUCCCCUGCCUCAGACACUUUGGAUUGAGGUUCUAUGCUUACAACCCUUUGGCUGGGGGCCUGCUAACAGGCAAAUACAAGUAUGAAGACAAGGAUGGGAAGCAACCCGUGGGCCGCUUCUUUGGGAAUAACUGGGCUGAGACCUACAGGAACCGCUUCUGGAAGGAGCACCACUUUGAGGCCAUCACCCUGGUAGAAAAGGCCCUGCAGACCACCUACAGCAGCAGCGCCCCCAGCAUGACCUCAGCUGCCCUGCGCUGGAUGUACCACCACUCAGAGCUCCAGGGCCCCCGAGGGGAUGCAGUCAUCUUGGGCAUGUCCAGCCUGGAGCAGCUGGAACAGAACUUGGCGGCCACUGAGGAAGGGCCCCUGGAGCCGGCUGUCGUGGAUGCCUUUAACCAAGCCUGGAACCUGGUCGCCCACGAGUGUCCCAACUACUUCAGAUAGAUGUCCUGGCUCAAGCUGCCAAGGGCUUUCCCGCCACCUCUUGGCCAUUCCCUGCCUGAUGCUGACUCACUGUGGCCCUUCUGCUGGUCUCCACCCACGCAGUCUUCUAGAUGGCAGCCCUGCUCCCUGUCACCUCUCAGUGAGGAAAGUCGGGGCUGAGCCCUACAGUAGCGCUUCCUGUCUGAAUAAAGGAGGCGUCUAGCCUGACUACAGCCGGCACUGAACCUCA